CUGUUCUGUGUAGUUCCUUAUCAGCAGUGCAGAGAGCAACCCCUUUGCCCAUUACUGUUACAGUUACUAAAACAAGUAGAAAUGAAUUAAAUGUUGGUACAAUAAAUUCCAUCUAGCAAUUGGGCAAGGGUAGUCUAAAAUAUAUGUUUCAUUAAUCAGUCUAGAAGUCACAAAGAUGUACGUAGUGGAUUCUUGGAGGGAAAAAAGUUUUUCGGCAGAGGUGGAAAUAAACCUUUUGAGGCAAUAUCAACAGCCCACCUGCUGAUACAGCUGGGGAAAAAAAAAGAUGAGCUUUUGUGCACAUAAUUUUGUGCCCAAGUAAAAUUCUACUUGUUCAUCUUCAUGAGUGCCUAAUGUGAGAAAUAAUGAACUAGAGUCAACGGCUAGUGACAAAGAUAGUGUCUUUGUCAUUUGUUUAUGGAAGAACAGGUUCCUGUGUGGCUGUGCUUCACACAUCUGAAUUAAGAGAUAACCUCUAUUGAUUUUUCAGGUUACGUAUUACAAACCAUAAAGUGUUAAUAGGGUCUUUGUAGAUAACUUUAUUAGCUGAGACUGUUCUUGUUAUUAGAUUAUUCAUAUCUGUGUGGUAUCCUGUAUCUCUGUAAUAAUACAAGGCACUAAGGGAGCGUUUUACAAAGAUGCUUAAGACUAUAUCUCACAUACACAUCUAAAAUGUUGGAUUGUAGUUGUGUCAAUUGAACAUGAUAAUUAUCUGUUUGUAGUUAUGCAUGACCCUUGAAAAGGAAAUCUUUUAUAUCUGUUUUAUCAACUUCUAACAAUUCCUCAUCAGAGUUCUGCUUAAGAUUGUGAAUCCAGGAAGGAAACAAUGGAAAAGAAUACUAUUUUAAACUCCUAAUUUAUAGACUUUUUUUCAGACGUCUAUUGAAUGCAUACUUCAAACUGAUUCUAAAAUAAAAGAACUGUGAAAAUAGUAAUUGCGUCAGUGUUGGAAUAUUUAUGGACAACAUUAUUGCAUAUUGCUUUCAUUUAGAUAUUUGUAAUGUCAGUGGAAGGACAGAACAUUCCAGUUGGUGUCUUCCCUACAGCACCUGUUGAGAAACAGAAUCAUGCUGCAAGAAUUAUACAGAGGUGUUGGAAAAGCUGUAUUGAUGUGCGUAUAUUUCAAUACUACAAAGAACUAAUCAGCUUUAAAGGAGCAGGGGAUCCUCGUCUUCUGAUGAAGUGUAUUGACCCUCGGGAGGCAGAGUUACUGGAUGUUGCAGCAGGUGCUUUCAUCAAAUUCAGACUAGGUGGUGCUAAUUUUCCUCCAAAUAUUUAUUACAAAAUAUUCACUCAUAGACCUAUUGUGGACAUGUGUGCCAGCAGCCCUAAAGACUAUACAAAACCAAACCCCAAGCAGCUGUUACAAGAAAGGAUUCUUGGAAAGGUCUGGAAGGAUGAUGGCAGUGGCUGGUACAAGCGUAUAGAGAACAAUGGUUGGAGACUUCUUUCCAUCAGAUUUUGGAAGACUAUAGAUCCUAUAACAGAUGAGGGAAACAAAAAGGCAGAGGAGUUUCAUUACUCUAGGAUGAAGAGGAAACAAGAAAUUGAGAAAAAGCGAAAAAGGAGAAAAAUUGAAUGGAUGAAAAAGAUGUAUUAUGCAGGAAGUUUGUGGGUCACAACAGAAGAUCCUACUGCUGCGAUCUUAAUUCAAAGGGCUGCAGAAGGCAUAGUUGACACUGUUGAGAAAGAAGGAUCAGACAAUGUAAUGGACUGGGAAGUGGAUGAAAUACUGAGAUGGACAAAUGCACUCAACUAUGAGGAGUAUAUAAGCCAAUGGAAUAAAACUGCAACAAGCAAUUCUUCUGCUAACUGUCAAGGCUUCCAGUUUGUUAAAUCACAACAUGAUACCUAUGAAUUGUCCCAGAUUCUGCACCAUAACUUAAAAAGAACAGCAAGCCUUAGUACCUCACCUAUAAUAGAAGCAGAUUUCACAUCAAGACCAAAUGUAACACCAGCAAAUACACCUUUUCUUUGAGGAAGAAAUUUCUCUAAUGGAUACAAAUUCUAAAUGUCUGAAAUUUGUAUGGAACACUUAUGGAUAAAGUUUCCGAAGCCAUCAUUCUCUUUCUGCAAUAGCUACAGACACCUGAGCAAUGCCUACAACUAAAUGCCUUAUCCUCUUUGAAUAAAAAUCUCUCUGUAUGGGAAA